ACAAACUGGAAAUCGGAUAUGGUUGUUUUGCCUGACGUGUGGGCUAGCAUUAUAUUAUUAAUUUAUUAUUGAUCAACAUGCUAAUGUUGAGGGGGUGGGGUAAUAGCUAUGUUGAACUAUACAGUAAUUUAUUUUAAGAAAUAAAUUGAGAAUUGAGUUCGUUUAUGCAGCAAUUUUUUUUUUUCGACCAACUGAAAAUCGGCGAGAUAACCGUUAUGUAGCUAACUAUGUGUACUUGUAAUGCGGCGAUAUCAUUAUAUUUGACUAAUAAUUAAGCCGCCUGUGCUCAUUUUGGGAUGGGUGGAGAUCUCGCGGCUAACUUAGCAGUCCUACUACGGGACAGCCUCCUACAUCGUUCGCCCAAUGGAUCAUUACGCAGACGUCACAAGGGCCGGUUUGCCUAUGUAAAAAAAAAAAAAGUGCUUUAGGAGGAAGCGAAGAGUCAGGAGGAACAUCUAUAAGGGAACCGGCGAGAGAGCUGCAAGAUGGCAAGUGCAGCGAUUGUGCCUCCAGACUACAUCCAAGAUAAAAGCAGCCGCCUUUAUGUGGUGACCUGGUUCAACAACCUGCUGAAGACAAACUUCACCGAUGUGGGGCAGCUGGGUUCAGGUGCAUGUCACUGUCAGAUCAUGGACUUGGUUAUUCCUGGCUCUGUUGAUAUGACCAAGGUGAAGUUUGAUGCGCAAGGUGAGGAUGACUGUAAGCACAAUUUCCAUCUCCUCCAUGAGGCCUUCAGGGAGAGCGGUAUCAGAAAGACUUUUCCAGUUGAUGAGAUUAUAAAAGGGGAUUCUCAAAGCAAUUUUGAGACCCUGAGGUGGUUAAAAGUUUUCUACAUGGCAAAUGCGAAAAGUGAAGGAUACGACCCUGUGAAAGCUCGGGAGAGUCAGGAUAUCAGCCCUAUUGUGGUACCUCCCCAAUUGCAUAAAGGGAUAUCUAAAUUGGAAUCAGACACGGAGGAGAAGGGCACUGUAGUGACAAAAUUUCCUUUCACUGAGAAGUGGAAGGGAAUUCAUGAAUGGGCUGACCAGAGUACUCUUGGAGAGCAAUAUACUUUCUGCCGCUCUUGUGACAGAAACCUGAAGACAUUUUCGAAAGGCCUUAUUGAACUCAGGCGACAUGCGGAAACAAACAAACACAAGAAAAAGGCUAAAAUUUACAGGAGCCAACAUUCUGAGCCGCUGCCCUGUAGCGACGCAGCCAUUCAGUUUAUUCACAAACACUGCAACAGUGGCUCUCCUAAAGGGAAACAUGUGUCUAGACAUUUAGCACGCAGUAAACUGGGGCUGCAGUACCCCAAAGACAUCACAUCUGUUUGCCAACACACUCCUUACUGUGUAUACAUUUAUGGAGGGGUAACCCUGGGAAAGGAUGCCACUGUCUCUGUGGUCCUUGUUGGGUUUUUUGAUGUCGAAGCCUCCAGGCACUGCAUCCGAUUUCUGGACGCUCUUGCAGGGGAUCAAACACCAGCAGCAGUGGUGGAGACCUUGAAGAAAUUUGGGUUACACACCGAUAAUCUUGCUGCUGUUUAUUCUGAUGGUAAAGGUGCGGCCUCAGAGCAGAUCUACACACAGCUCAGGGAACUCAACCCAAACAUAGUAGCCUUAGGUGGGCUGUACGCCGUCGCUGAUGCUGCUUGUCAUGCUGGGGUUAAUAAGCUCUCCAAUCAGGCUCAAGAGUUGAUCGUUGAUAUCCAUGCCCACUACUCUUCCUGCUCUACCAAGAAUGACGAGCUCAAGGCUCUUUUUGGCUCAGACAUCAGUGCAGACAGUCCAUCGUUUCAUCUCAACACCAGCUGCCUUAAGUUCUGCCUGCUUGUCACGAAAAUCUUGGAAAUAUGGACAGAUCUCAUAAUGUACUUUAAGUCUUGCGACAAGGAUGAUGACAAAGCCAAGUCAAUCUGCUCCCAGCUGCACGAUCCCAAAGUCAGGGCAACAUUUAUGUUCCUGGAGCACGCCCUCAAGCCUCUGCACAGUUUCCAAAGGCAUCUGCAAACACAGCAGGGAGCUGCUCGAGCGAAUAUGCUGCUCAUCCUAGAAGACGCCAGUAGCCUCCUAUGCACCUACACCUCCUACUUCCUUCACCCUGAAGCUGCUGUUCGCUUUCUCAAAGAACACGAUACCCAAAUCCUAAAAGACAAGAAAUUCCUCCUGUCGAGCCCUGAACUCAAUCUGGGCGGGAAAGCUGUGGAAGAUUUCCUGAAUGAGUCUGAGGCUACAGAGGCACUGCCACUGUUUAAAGAGCAGGUGUUGUCUUUCUAUGUCACACUCGCAGGUUGCAUUGCACAGGAGCUGCCUCUUAAUGACAAUGUGCUAAGGAGCAUAGCUCAGCUGCUGAACCCCCAGAGCAGCCAAAAGGUGACUGGGGAAGAGGUUGGGGAGCUUGGGACCAAGCUGCAAAUCUGCAGCUCCCCUGAGGAGGUCAACCAGCUCACAAGUGAAUUCCUUGAGUAUCAGCGGGCUGAGGAGGGAGAGAAGGACAACUCGGCAGUGGUUUUACUAGAGAAACACUGGGCCAGUGUGCUAAAGGACACCAAGCCGACUUCAAUCUUCAGAAAGCUUGUUUUGACCCUGUUGUCUCUCCCCUGCCCUCCACUCAAGGCCCAGCAGGUUUUUACUCAGGCCCUGGAGAAUGAAGAUGCUGCACUGUUCUCUGAGAGUGAAGCCCUAACAGAAAGCGAUUAUGAUGUCACGUCUGACAGCGUCCUCUCUGACAGCACCUUGGUUCACACUGAAGAACUGAAUGGCCUUAAUGUGACAGUGAAGCCAUGUGAAGUCCGCCUAACAAAGAUACAUCAAUAUGCCAAUACACCUGGAGCGAAUGGUGCCCUGUUGCAAGAGAUGACCAGUAGGGGAUGUUAUGGCUGGGAGAGCAGCUUGCGCCAGAAGCCACAGGCCCGUACAGUGUUUCAGGCUGGUGCUAGCACCUGGUCCAACCCCGUAGGUGUUGAUAAUGGUCUGAAGUCCAAAGAUGAGGUGGUAGAAGAGACCUCACCAUUCAGUAAACCGACACCAAGAGCACGGCGGAAACAUACCUACCAGGAUGGGAAAGGGUUUCUGACAGGGGAGCUGGUGUGGGGGAAAGUGAAGGGCUUUUCCUGGUGGCCUGGGAUGGUAAUGCCUUGGAAAACCAAGUCAUCUCCCCCGGGAAUGCGGAAGGUGGAGUGGUUCGGAGACGGGAUGUUCUCAGAGAUCUAUACGGAGGGUCUGCUGAAGUUCAGUGCCUUCACUAAGUGCUUCUGCAAAAAUUCCUUUGCCAGCUUGCCAACCUACAAGGAAGCCAUCUUUCAGAUCAUCGAGUUGGCAGGUGAGCGAUGUGGGAAGUCUUUUGCUGAAGCGGAAGGAAAUAAAGAAAAAGAGCUGAAGCUGAUGCUGGAAUGGGCUUCUGAAGGAUUUCUGCCUACAGGACCUGAAGGAUUCGUACCUCCUGAUGCUGCAGUACAUCAGGAUUCUUCUGACUCGACCAUGUCUGACUGCCAGCCUCCGGCAAAAAGGAAAUAUGUUUUUAAAAACAAGCCAAAUCCACCCGUAAUAAUAACCUAUAACAGAGAAUCAAUAAGAGAAAAGGUCAAAGAGAAAGGAAAAACAAUUGAAGAUUUUUGUCUGUCUUGUGGAUCAACUGAGAUUGACGUGCCGCACCCGUUGUUUGAAGGUGGUCUUUGUCUAAGAUGCAAGGGGAACUUCACAGAGACGCUGUUUCGCUAUGAUGAAGAUGGCUACCAGUCGUAUUGCACCGUGUGCUGCGCCGGCUUAGAGGUGAUUCUGUGUGGCAACGCCAGCUGCUGCAGAUGUUUUUGUAAGGACUGUCUGGAAAUCCUGGUGGGACUGGGAACCUUUGACAAGCUGAAAGAUGUCGAUCCAUGGAGCUGCUACAUGUGCAAGCCGUCGCAGUGCAAUGGAAACCUCAAACUCAGACCAGACUGGAGCAUCAAGGUUCAGGACUUCUUUGCCAACAACAGCGCCAUGGCGUUUGAGCCUCACAGAGUUUACCCCUCCAUCACUGCUGAUCUGCGCAGACCAAUCAGGGUGCUCUCGCUUUUUGACGGCAUUGCAACAGGAUACCUGGUGCUCAAAGACCUGGGCUUCAAGAUUGAGCGCUAUAUUGCUUCAGAGAUUUGUGAGGAUUCGAUCGCUGUGGGGAUGAUCAAGCACGAGGGACAGAUCGAAUAUGUCAACGAUGUUCGUACCAUCACGAGGAAACAUCUGGCUGAAUGGGGUCCAUUUGAUCUUCUGAUUGGAGGCAGCCCGUGUAACGACCUGUCCAUGGUCAACCCUCUUCGAAAAGGAUUAUUUGAGGGCACUGGAAGGCUCUUUUUUGAGUUCUACCGCCUUCUGACCCUGUUGAAGCCUAAGGAGGAUGACAACCGUCCGUUCUUCUGGUUGUUUGAGAACGUGGUUUUCAUGAGCGCCCACGACAAGUCAGAUAUCUGCCGAUUCCUUGAGUGUAAUCCGAUUCUUAUCGAUGCAGUGAAAGUUAGUCCUGCUCACAGAGCGCGCUACUUUUGGGGAAACCUCCCUGGCAUGAACAGACCUCUCGCUACAGCUCUAGAUGACAAAGUGGCCCUCCAGGACUGUUUGGAAGUAGGACGCGUUGCAAAGUUUGACAAAGUCCGCACCAUCACCACAAAGUCCAACUCUAUUAGGCAGGGGAAGAUGGGGCCACUUCCUGUCAGCAUGAACGGCAAGGAGGACUACCUGUGGUGCACCGAAAUGGAGCAAAUCUUUGGCUUCCCCAAACACUACACGGACGUGAACAACAUGGGCCGGAAUCAGAGGCAGAAAGUCCUGGGUCGCUCCUGGAGUGUCCCUGUUAUUCGCCACCUCUUCGCCCCGCUGAAGGAUUAUUUUGAAUGUGAACAAGGACUGUGAACCGAACAGCAGCGGUAAACCUACUGCCUUAUCUCCGCCCUGCAUUACUAGGUAGUUCAAAGUCUCCCGUCUUUUUCUGAAAAACCUAGUUUAGUAUUUACUACUUUGACUUUUACAAGUGUUAACUCAUGAUCUCCUUUUAUCCUGUGAGUUGUCAGUCAUCCACGAUCCACUAUCACCAGCAGGCACAGACACUUUUUUUUUCUCUUGUUAGUUUUGCUCCAGGUUUCCUUUGAUUAAUGAUGACGGUGCUGUGAUCAAACAAUAAUGUUGCUCAAAACAUUGGCCUGAAUCAUGAAGCGACAUUAGACGGUUAGCCAGCUAUCUUUGGGCUUAAUCACCAGGCAGAUUCACCUUUAUUUGGGGUAACUCACCAUGGCAACCUGCUCCAUUACUGAGCUCAGUGGAAAAUAGAGUCAUACCUACAGGAUCCCGACAUGAAACACUGAGUUUCCAAUGAAGCGCUAAAGUUGCAAUAGAGAUCCUUUUAUAGAUCAGUAGAAUCACUUUGCCAAGUAUGAUCAUUAUAAUUAAUGUCUGCUUUGUCAGCAGGAAGAGCUUUACUUUAUAUGUUUUUAAGUAUAGCAUCUAUCCCUAAUAGUUUGUUGUUUGUUGUAUUUAUAGCCUUGCUUUUCCUAUUUGGAUAGUAUUCCGAAUAUUUCUACAACUUCCUAAUCCAUUCUCAUUCUUCGAUAAUGACAUAUUAAUACAUAGAGUAUACAUUGAUAACCAGCCUCAUGAUGCCGGUUAUUCAGGAUCACCAAUGUUCAACUCAAAGAGAGCCGUUGAACUUGCUUCAUGAUUCAGGCCUCAGGAUCUCUACCUCAACACUGAGUUACUGGUUAAAAAUCUGCAUUUACACUUUUUUUUAUUUAAUUUAUGAAUAUGAAAUCUUGUGAUUUGUAUAUUAUAUUGUUUUAUAGCACAAUCUUAGCAGGGAUUUAAAGAAGCAGUGUGUGGGAUUUAGGGGGGGUUUAUUUGGCAGAAAUGGAAUAUAAUAUUUACAAUUAGGGUUUUCAUUAGUGACCUGAAAUCAGUCACCUGAAACUAAAGGCGCGUGUUCCCGUUAGCUUAAAAUGAGCCCUUCAUAUCGACAUAGGGAGCUUCUAACAGUCGGUUAUUUGAACCCUGCUACAACGCGACGUUGUAGUGAAUAAAUAUGAGGCCAAACGCAACAGUAAUCUACUUUGUAAUCCACUAAACAUAAAGACGAGACUCACCUUAUAAGUAACGAGAUGUAACCAGUUUCGUUCGGUGACUACAUUCUAGCAUCUACCCUCACGCUUGGAAAGGGAGGGGUGAGUGCAGGGGU